AGCAGACAUUAGAGCCAGGGAACUAUACUUUGAAAAUGAAAUGGACUGGUCGUGAUGCUGCAGAAGAUUGGUUCGACCAACGAAUGGGUUUUUUUCGAGCGUAUGACACAUUAGCAAACCAUAGUCGUCAAUACCUUGUAACAACGCACUUUGAGCCUUCAGGAGCUCGUAGUACAUUUCCAUGUUGGGAUGAACCAGGGUUUAAAGCUCAAUUUGAAAUAUCUGUUAAGCAUUCUCAAAAUUAUAUUGCAUUGUCAAAUAUGCCAGAAAAAAGUCAUCAAGAGUUGCAGGAUGGUCGAGUCAUAACCCACUUUGAAAGAUCAUUGGUAAUGUCCCCAUAUCUUCCUUGUGUAGCUGUUGCUAAUUAUAAAUCAAUUAAAAAUGCUCAUGGCAACAUAACAUUUUAUGGUUUGGAAAGUAAUUUAGAAUCGUUGAGAUUCGCCUUAGAAGUUAGUGAAAAAGUUAUACCAGCAAUGGAAGCUUAUACUGGUAUGCCAUACGCAAUGCCAAAACUAGAUCAGAUCUGCAUUCCUCAAUAUACAGGUGCCAUGGAACAUUGGGGACUAGUCAGUUACCUCACUUCGAUGGUAAAAUUGGAAAAUACUACAUUGAUUCCUAAUGUUGAAAAAAAAGAUCGCAUAAUUUUUCUUGUUGCUCAUGAAUUGGCACACCAAUGGUUUGGUAAUCUUGUGAGCCCCGUAUGGUGGGAUGAUACUUGGUUGAAUGAAGGUUUCGCUGCGUAUUUUCAAUCAAAAAUUAUUGAUCAGAUUUAUCCACACUGGCGUGUAAUGGAUUAUUUUGUAAUAGAGGAUGUAAAUCAUGAAUCUUAUGAUGCUGAAACCGUUAUUCCAGAAGUUAAACCAAUCAAGUGGUCACCUCAUGAAAAAAUAUCUCUCCGCAGAAUAUUUAAUCCAGUUACAUAUCGUAAAGGAGCUGCCGUCAUUCAUAUGCUCGAACACAUACUUACUGAAGAUGUUUUUCGUAAAGGACUUCAGAGAUAUUUAAAAGCACAUCAAUUUACUGCUGUUGUUACUGACGAUCUGUGGAAGGCUUUUCAAGAAGCAUACAAUGAACAAUAUGGUGACAAACCACUAGAUAUUAAAGAAAUGAUGGAUCCUUGGUUAGAACAAACGGGUACACCGAUUGUAACUGUCACUCGAAAUUACGAAACGGGUGAAACAAAUUUGACACAAAAAAAUUUCCGUGUAACUCCUGACAAUACAUGGAAAAUUCCGAUAAACUAUGCAACCAAGUCAAAUCCGGAUUUCUCACGAACAGCCCCAACGAUGUGGAUGGAAUAUAAUGAAAAAGAAAUUACAUUACCUGAUAUUAAUAAAGAUGAUUGGAUUAUUCUUAACAUUCAACAAAGAGGAUUCUAUCGAGUCAAUUACGAUAGAGAAAAUUGGCAACGUAUUGCAGAAUAUCUCAAUUCUGACGACUAUGAUAAAAUCCAUCCUGUUAAUCGGGCACAACUUCUCGAUGAUAUUUAUAGAAUAUAUCAAGAUGAUAAUUCUUACCUUGAUGUACUGGUUAAUAUAACUUCGUACUUACAUCGAGAAACAGAUUAUUUACCAUGGGUUCCUGCCGGCAAUAUUAUUUUGGAUAUGAUUUCAAAGUUGAAUAAUUCACCUGAAGAAGAAUUAUUUGAAAUGUACAUGCUUUUUCUCACCAAUAAAACAAUGGAUAAGCUUGGUUUUGAAGAUCGUGAAGGUGAAGAUCACUUAGCUCUUCGAGUCCGAAGUAUACUUGCUCCAAUGGUUUGUAGAUUUGGCCAUACUGAUUGCAGAUCGUUUGCUUAUCGAUUAUUUAUUAAAUAUUUAGAAAAUCCAGCUGAAAAUACACUCCCUAGCUCUGAUUGGGCAUGGAUUAUGUGUGCUGGUCUUCGAAAAUCGAACAACACUAUGAGAGAAAAAUUUUUAACUGCUGAAUUGAAAACCGAUUCUGAUGAUUGGUCCCAAGUAACCCUUUUCAUACAAUGUACCAAUGAUACGCAAUUGCGUGAUGAUUACAUAACUUCGUUACUAAAAUCUAAUUCAACAACUGAUGUGGAGGAGAUCGAUUCAAUAUUUGAUCAUUUACUUGAUAGCAAACUGGGUGAUGUCAAUUACGCAUUAAAUUAUAUGACCAAUAAUUUCAAGGAGAUCAAAAAAUUCUAUGAUGAAUCUGAUGAUGAUUCAUAUUUAGUUCCUAUUUCUCGACUAUCUCUUGCAGUGCGAACUAAUGAUCAAAUUGAAAAAUUUAAAACGUUCAUUGAAAAUAUUAUUCCUGAUCUGAAGGGACAAUCCGAGUGGGAAAUAUCAUACUUAAGAACUUCACUUACGGAAAGCGUAGAUGCUUCCAAUAAGGCAAAAUUAAAUUCAGCAAAGUUUCAUGAGCUUCUGGAUCAAAAAAUUAUCGAUCUUAAUGUUGUUGAAAUUGGAAAAGCAUUGAAAAAUAAAGCUUGA